CUUCCGCCGCCUCAGUUCUUCCUCGCCUUGGAUCCUCCCUUGCCUCACUCCUACUUUACCUUCCUCCUAGUCGGAGUCGUAGCACCGUGCAAACCCUCCGCCGCCGCAGCCGCCGAAUUCUGCUCCAUCCUUUCUCGAGGCCAUGCCGACGGUGAGCGUCGGAAGAGACCGCCUCUUCCAAGCCAUCGGCCAGACCUACACGCAGGAGGAGUUCGAAGCGCUCUGCUUCGAGUUCGGCAUCGAACUCGACGACGUGACGACCGAGAAGGCGAUAAUCAGGAAAGAAAAGCACCUGGAAGAUGAAGCGGAGGAAGGGGAUGAGGAGGUGAUCUACAAGAUCGAAGUCGCCGCGAAUAGAUAUGAUUUACUUUGUCUUGAAGGAAUAGCACGGGCUUUACGCAUUUUCACUGGGAGGGAAGGGAUUCCUGUAUUCAAAAUCUCUAACAUCCCACCUCAGAGUAUGCUUAAAAUGCAUGUUAAACCAGAGACUUCCUUAAUUAGACCCUUUGUUGUUUGCGCUGUCUUAAGAGGAGUAACUUUUGAUGAAGCCAAAUAUAACAGCUUCAUUGACCUACAAGAUAAACUCCACCACAACAUUUGUCGGAGGAGGACUUUGGUGGCUAUUGGUACUCAUGAUUUGGACGCAUUGGAAGGCCCCUUCUCAUAUGAGGCAUUGCCGCCGACAGAGAUAAACUUCGUCCCUUUAAAGCAGGCCAAAAGCUUCAGGGCUGACGAACUACUUGAGUUUUACAAAUCAGAUAUGAAACUGAAGAAAUUUUUGCCCAUAAUCGAGAAUUCUCCUGUCUAUCCUGUGAUAUAUGACAGCAAUAGAAAGGUAUUGUCAUUGCCUCCAAUUAUUAAUGGAGCACAUUCAGCCAUCACUCUCAAUACUAAAAAUGUGUUCAUCGAAUGUACAGCUACUGAUCUAACCAAGGCAAAAAUUGUUCUGAACACAGUGGUUACUAUGUUUUCAGAGUACUGUGAAAGGAAAUUUGAGGUUGAGCCAGUUGAGGUGAUUUACUCUGAUGGCAAGGCUAGCAUUUACCCUGAUCUCUCGGUGACCAAAAUGGAAGUUCCUCUUUCUGAUAUUACUGGUCCCAUUGGUAUCUCUCUGGAGGAAUCAGAGGUUAUUCCAUUAUUGAAUAAAAUGCAAUUGCAAGCUGAGAAAUCUGUCUCGGCAGAUGCGAAUCAUAUCAUAUCUGUGUCUGUACCUCCAACUAGAAGUGACAUUCUACAUGCCCGUGAUGUUAUGGAGGAUGUUGCUAUCGCUUAUGGCUACAAUAAUAUCCCAAAGUCAAAGCCUAAGUGUAUGACAAAUGGAGGUAGACAGCCACUGAACCGAUUUUCUGAUAAAAUUAGAGCUGAGGUUGCAAGGGCUGGAUAUUUGGAGGUGCUCACAUGGAUCUUGUGUUCCCAUGAGGAGAAUUUUUCAAUGUUAAAACGAGAGGAUGAUGGGAAGAAAGCAGUCAUUAUUGCGAAUCCUCGUUCAUCUGAAUUUGAGGUUGUUCGAACAAGUUUGAUGUCAUGCUUAUUGAAAACUUUGAAGCACAAUAUUGACCAUCCGAGGCCAAUAAAGAUAUUUGAAGUUGGCGAUGUCGUGACGCUUGAUGCUACACAUGAUGUUGGCGCUGCAAAUAAUCGUCGACUUGCAGCAUUAUAUUGCAAUGUGACCUCGGGAUUUGAGGAAAUAUUAGGUUUGGUGGAAAGAAUCAUGAAAAUUGUGAGAGCUCCUCAUGUCCCAGUUGGUGAUAGUUUUAUGAGACCUUCAGAGGAACCGGAGUUUUUCCCCAAUCGACAAUGUAGCAUCAUAUUCAAGGGGAAAGAGAUUGGCAACUUCGGCAUUGUUCAUCCUGAGGUAUUGAAGAAAUUUGGCAUUCCUGAUCCAUGCUCAUUCGUGGAGAUUGAUAUCCAGGCCUUAUUAUAGUGUCAGCUUUAUUUUAUUCUACCCAUUCUUUUUUAGUCGAGAUCUUUAUUUUUUUGGUGGCUAAAUUUGAGAUAUGAAGGUUAAGACUUGACAAAAUAUGAAGAUUAGGAGUUGCGCCCGGAUCAUCUUAAAACUAUAUUGUUACAUCAGAUUUUUGACAGACUUCGUCAUUUGAUUGAAAUUGGCAGAUACUAAUAUGGUAAUUUAUGCAAAGAAUCUUUGUAUCUUUUCUAUUUUUGCCAGAUACUACAAAGGUCGCUUUAAAUUAAUAUCUGUGUCAACUUGUUCUACUUUUUC